ACAAUGAGCUUGGUUUGCAGUUUCUCUUGAUUCCCAUACACCAGAGUACAAGUUAAGAAAAAGAAAGAAAGAUCAUUAUAGAAAAGAAUUUCAGGUCUAGCCCGAUGCAGGCUUGUGGUACUGAACUUAGUCUUAGGGUGAAUGGGGGCACAUGUGAAGUUGUUGGUUCUGCUAUCCCUAGUCAUCAAGCUAGAAUAAAGGAAGAGCCUAAUGACAUGCAUGAUUUUUAUUCUCUGCCAAUGAGGAAUAGGAAGAAAAAAGAUCACGAAAACGUCAACACUUCAUUUCACAUGGACCUAAGCAACUUCAAUGACAAUUAUAUCAACUUAUCCUCCUCUGAAUCAGAAGAUGAAAACACCCCAUUUUCUGAUGAUUCCCAGAAACAGUUGGUACUUUAUGAUCCUUCUGUUAAUGGUGAAGACCCAGUUGCAUCUGUCCCACUUCCGAUUUCGUGUCGACCUCCGCCACUUUUUCCAAGAGUACUACCAUCUAUAGGUGCUUUUACGGUACAAUGUGCUAGAUGUUUUAAAUGGAGACUUGUUCCGACCCAAGAGAAAUAUGAGGAAAUACGGGAGCACAUUACAGAAAACCCAUUUGUGUGUGAAACAGCGCUUGAGUGGCGCCCUGAUGUUUCAUGUGAUGAUCCCGCUGAUAUUGAGCAAGAUGGAAGCAGACUUUGGGCCAUUGAUAAGCCCAAUAUAGCACAACCCCCUUCUGGGUGGCACAGAGAACUAAGGAUCAGGGGCGAAGGAAGCUUAAAGUUUGCUGAUAUAUAUUAUACAUCACCGACAGGUUCUAAACUGCGAUCAAUACCUGAUAUUGAAAAGUACUUGUUUAAGCAUCCAGAAUAUGUGGCACAAGGGGUGACAACUGCACAAUUUUCUUUUCAAACUCCAAAACCAUUACAGAAGAACUAUGUGAGAAAGCGUACUGCUCGUGUGGCAGCUGUGCCAGAUGGUAAUUGGGUGUGGAUGCCCAGUUCUUUUAAACCUUUCCCAGAAAGUCCACUGGCAUUACCAGAUCCAGAGCAGAACACAAAUUUGCAGCUCGGUAUGCCAGGGUUCUCUACUCCAUGUACGUCCAGUCCUGUGAACCCCUCAUCAAAGAAGCCAAGGAAAUCUCCAAGUAAUAGGAGACACGGUUUCAAUAUGACAUAUAACUAUCAUGAAAUGUAGGCUUGGAAACAUGGGUCAGUAUUAAAACCAAAACCACAUAAUUUUGGUAUUUGUUUGGAGGAUAGGUGUCUUACUGUCCUGUAAACAAAUUUAUGUGGAAUCAGCCGACUUUUAGCUAUGAAAAUAGGUUAUUUAGGUCACUGGGGAAAGAUGAUGCCAUAUUAUUGAUAGUCCUCGUUGGAAAUGGAUAUCAGGAUAUGGAAAAAUGAAUCAUGUUAUCAAUAUUACAUUUCAAUGUUGCUCCCUUGAUCUGA